ACGUGUUUACAAGCUUUGAGCUGAGAGCAACUGCAAGUUUAUGGUAAUGUGUAAAACAAAUUCUAUCGCAGAGGAAUAAGAAAGUGUUAAUAAGACGAGAAGAAGCUCAUUUCUAUUUCUUCUUUGUCAUCUACUAUAUUUGGGGAUAUUGCCGAGACUUGAGUUUCUGUGUUGCAUAUUAUCGUACUAGGAGAAUAGAAAUGUCAGAACCCAUGGUAAGAGUGAUUCGAGGUGGUCUUGUCAGGCUUAUUCACUACAGUCAGCUGUCAAAAUCAAUUCGCUCCCCUUCGUCUUCUUCAAAUCCAAAUUACGCCUUUGCCUCUUCUGUUCGAGCUUACUCGUCUUCUCUUUCACCCGUCAAUUCAAGGACCUCCAUGAUCUCUCAAUUCCAUUCGAGGCCCACUUCCUCAAAUGCCGUCAGUCCUAACACAUCGUCUUUAUCUACCAGAAGCUUGCUUUUUUUCACGAUUAAACCAGCUCAUAGCCCUAUAUCUGGUGCUGGGUUUGGGGUUAGGUUAUUCUCCAUGAAUCCGAACCUGGGCAAGAGGGUUUUCUGGGAUAAGCCCGCCACUGCUCUUACUUCCACAUUCUCCCGCUAUCGCGAAGCUAUUGGGUUGCAAAUUGAGGCUUUCUUUAGGAGAAACUCUCUGAUUCUCAUUGGGGCCGGAGGACUUUUAGUUUGUGCUUUGCUCUGGAGGAUUAUGUUUGGGAUAGCAAGCACCUUCGUUGGCCUCUCCGAAGGCAUGGCCAAGUAUGGCUUUCUUGCCCUCUCUUCGGCUAUCGUUGCUUUUGCUGGCCUUUAUCUCCGCUCAAGAUCCACAGUCAAUCCUGAUAAAAUUUAUCGAAUGGCCAUGAGGAGGCUUAAUACAUCUGCUGGGAUCCUAGAGGUAAUGGGUGCGCCUCUUACUGGAACAGAUUUGAGAGCCUAUGUGAUGUCAGGAGGUGGGCUUACACUAAAGAACUUGAGGCCACAUUUUAGGAGCAAGCGGUGUUUUCUCAUCUUUCCCGUACAAGGUUCGGAGAGAAAAGGUCUCGUCAGCGUUGAAGUGAAGAAUAAAAAAGGCCAGUAUGAUUUGAAGCUUUUGGCUGUCGACAUUCCCAUGGCAUCAGGACCUGACCAACGAUUAUUUCUGAUUGGCGAUGAAGAAGAGUAUAAGGUUGGUGGUGGACUAGUAUCUGAGCUACGAGAUCCUGUUGUGAAAGCGAUGGCAGCAAGCAAAGAGUUUGAUGAUCUUGACCAAAUUGAAGAAGAGGAAGAUGCUGAAAGAGAACGCCAGGAGGGAGAAAGGAGACACCUAGAAGAAAUUGAGAAGCUUGAAAAAGGUGGCUCACACUAAUUGCUUCUUAAGAUUUUUGAGCUUUUGAAAGAAUUAUUGAGGUUUAGACUAGCUCAGGCAAAUGAUAUCAGGUGCCUCGCAUCUGUAUCAGAGUUGCAUUAUACUCAUAUCUUGUGCUUCUAUUGUCAUCUUUGGCUUUGGGAAUGUCAUAAAUUUUUGUGUUAAAAUCGAGAUGGACCGACUAAGAUAAAGCAGUUGAGGCAACAUGCCUGACAACUGACAUUGAAAUUAA